GUAAGUUUAAUUUUUUUUUGCUAAGAAUAUUGUUGUCGAAGUGUAUAUAAUGGCGUUCUGGAGUAAAUCCUCAUAGUGUUAAAAGCUUUUAUACCCUACAAGCGUGAGAAAGGCGUAUUGUUUGCACCGGACAAGUCUGGCCGACGGGGGGUGUUGUCUGAACGGGGCGGAGCCAGAAUUCCAAAGUGGAAUGAGUUUCCUCUCCAUACGUCACUCUGGGAUAGGCUGCGAGCUACCGAGCAACGCUGUCAGUCAACGGGGCUUCGGGCUGAUUGCCAUCGCUUCCUCGGGACGAGACCCCCCAAAAGGAGAAAGUAGCCUUGCCCGUCGCGGGUUUAGGCUCUGGGAUUAAAGUGAUCGCCAGUCCCACCGCUUUCGACGAAACUGCCAGUGGGAAUUCAUGCUGUGUUGGUUAGCUAAAUGCGGCACGAAGCUAAAAUGAUGCCGAUGUUCCUGACAGUAUACCUCAGUAACAAUGACCAGCAUUUUACUGAGGUUCCAGUUACCCCGGAGACGCUGUGCCGGGACGUGGUGGACUUGUGCAAGGAGCCAGGGGAGACAGACUGCCACCUGUCUGAGAUGUGGCGUGGAUCUGAGCGAGCUGUAGGUGAAGGGGAGAGGAUGCUGGAUGUGCUCCAACGAUGGGGGCAGCACAGAGCAGAGGUGCGCUUCUUUCUGCGUCACAACCGAGCCCCUAGCAGGGAAUCGGGAGGCUCAAGAGGCUCAGAGCCGAAGAGGAAUGGAGUGAAGGGUCCCCCAGACCGAAGGAUGGAGAAUGGGGUGGCGACACCCCGGAUGGACAUGACGCUGGCCGAGCUUCAAGAGAUGGCUGCCAGACAGCAGCAGCAGAUAGAAGCUCAACAACAGCUCCUCGCUUCCAAGGAGCAGCGACUGCGCUACAUAAAGCAGCAGGAGCAGCGUCAGCAGCAGCAGGCCUCUGAGCAAGAGAAGCUGCAGCGCCUCAGAGAGAACAUCGAGAACCAAGAAACUCGGCUCAAAAAGGUCCGGGCCCUCAAGGGCCAGGUGGAGCAGAAACGCCUCAGCAAUGGCAAACUGGUGGAGGAGAUAGAGCAGAUGAACAACCUGUUCCAGCAGAAACAAAGAGAACUAGUGAUGGCUGCAUCCAAGGUUGAGGAGCUCAGCCGACAGUUAGAGUUGCUCAAAAAUGGCAAAAUGGAUAACUUCCAUGACAACCAGAGUUCUGUGGCUGAACUAGACCGCCUCUACAAGGAGCUACAGCUGAGGAACAAGCUCAACCAGGAUCAAAACUCUAAGUUGCAGCAGCAGCGAGAGAGCCUGAACAAGCGCAACCUGGAGGUGGCUGCCAUGGACAAACGGAUCAAUGAGCUCCGAGAUCGGCUGUGGAAGAAGAAGGCAGCACUGCAGCAGAAAGAGAACUUGCCUAAUGGCUAUCCUGGUAAAGAGAGGGCUUCAAAAGACACUCACCUUCAGCAGCCCUCUGAUGGCCAAGCCGGGCAGCAGUCAGGUCCAUCUCGUGUGGCAGCAGUUGGCCCAUACAUUCAGUCAUCCACCAUGCCCCGGGGCCCAGUGAGACAUGAACUGCUUGUAAAACCAGCCUACCCUGACGGCACUGCAACCCUACCAGCCCACGACCCACAGAGCAAGGCCGGCGCAGGCCUUCAGCCAUCCAAGCUGGCAGAUUGGGGCCCUUCAGGUCCAGAAUCCAACACCAACGGUCAUGGUCCUGCUUCAACACUGCCACGAAUGACAUCUCACUCCAACUCUAUCACAGAACAAGAUGAGACAGAACAGAAAAGGGACAGGAAGGUACGUCCAUUUUCCAUGUUUGAGCCAACGGAGGCUCCCGCCGCCUCCCUCCGCAAAAACCAGAGCAGUGAUGACCUCGUUAGGGAUGCUCAGUCUGCUCCUAAGGCUCCAGCAAAGGUGCCUCCUCCUGUUCCCACCAAACCGAAAGGCCCUGGUGUUGUGCCCUAUGGCAAACCAGGCCUCAACACAGGCACAUUCCCUAAAGCCAAGCCCCACAGCCAGCAGCCCCAGGCCGCCCAGAGCCGCAGCCCUCUCACACCCUCACAGAGCCAGACACUCCCUCUACCCUCCAAGCAGGACACUCCACCUGCAGCCACGGUACGGCCCUUCACCCCAGAGCUGCCAUCCUCCAAAGACGCCAGCCUGAGUAAGCCCCAGACCUUAGCAGCCAGCUCCAUAUACUCCAUGUACACACAGCAACCUGGCUCAGGCAAGCCCUUCCAGCCUGGUGUGCAGGGCGCUCUCAACAGGGCUCAGAACCGCACCAAUGGAUUUGUCAGUGUGUAUGGUAAACCAGUGAUCCCCAGUGGAGGCUCCCAACAUCCAGAGAACCCUUACCUAGACCACCGCUCCCCUGCCCCAGAAUCUGAGGUUGACCACAGUGGAGCUAAUAAUGUGGGACCUAGCUCAUCUGAGGGUCCCCAGCCUGAAACAGAGCGCAUCCCCCGGCCCCUCAGCCCCACCAAGCUGCUUCCUUUCAUUUCCAACCCUUACAGACAUCAGAGUGAAGGUGACCUCGAAGCCCUGAGAAAGAAGCUCUACAAUGCCCCAAGGCCCCUGAAGAAACGCAGCUCCAUCACUGAACCAGAGGGUCCUGCAGGGCCCAACAUUCAGAAACUCCUCUAUCAGAAGACCACGCUGGCAGCUAUGGAGACCACUGUGACCACACCAACCACUCCCAUCUACACUGGUGAAGCAGAGAAGGCAGCAGAGGGAUCUGUGGGGCCACAUGUGCCAAGUCCUCUGAGUGGUGCAGAGAACCAUCCAUCAGAGACAGGACAGGCUCUAGAGGGAGGGCAGCCCCUUUCUUACAUCCCAGGUGCUAAUGUCUCUGUUUCAGCCCCUGCUGAACAGGCCAAACCACCUUCGGCUAUCCCAGAGAGCGAAGACAUUAUUCUUCCUCCUCCCCCAUCCCACCCAGCCCCCAGGCCAGAUGAUGCUCUUUUCCCACCACCACCCCCUGCUGGCUUGGAGGACACAAUGCCCAACCUGCCCCCUCCGCCUCCAGAAGGCUUCCUGGAAGAGUUCCCCCCCUACCCACCACCCCCAUAUCCCAGUGGAGCAGAGCAGGACAGCUUGGGGGAGGACACAUUCAACAUGAAGGCACCUGAGGUCACUGGCCAGGUCACUCUGCCACCGGGAAAGAGGACAAACUUGCGCAAGCCUGGCUCUGAACGCAUCGAUCACAGCAUGAGAGUUAAGUUCAACCCACUGGCUCUGCUGCUGGACUCUUCCCUGGAGGGCGAGUUUGACCUGGUCCAGAGAAUCAUCUAUGAAGUGGAGGAUCCCAGUCAGCCCAAUGAUGAAGGCAUCACAGCUCUACACAAUGCCGUCUGUGCUGGACAUACAGAGAUCGUCAAGUUCCUGGUUCAGUUCGGUGUCAACGUCAAUGCUGCGGACAGUGACGGCUGGACACCUCUUCACUGUGCUGCAUCCUGCAACAAUGUGCAAGUGUGCAAGUUCCUGGUGGAGUCUGGCGCUGCAGUGUUUGCUAUGACUUACAGCGACAUGCAGACGGCAGCUGAUAAAUGUGAAGAGAUGGAGGAGGGCUAUACCCAGUGCUCUCAGUUCCUCUAUGGUGUGCAAGAAAAGAUGGGCAUCAUGAACCGGGGUGUGGUAUAUGGUCUGUGGGACUACAUGGGUGAAAACCCCGAUGAGCUGUCGUUCCGCGAGGGAGACUGCAUGACCAUCAUCCGCAGAGAAGACGAGGACGAGAUCGAAUGGUGGUGGGCACGCAUGGGCGACACGGAGGGUUACAUUCCCCGCAACCUCCUAGGGCUGUACCCCAGAAUAAAACCAAGACAGAGGACCCUGGCUUAAAACACAAAGAUCCCUGCUCAUUCGAGGCUGCCAGAACUCUCCAACACACACAGACACACACACACACACACACACACACCCACACACAAACAGGCUUUAACAGACUGAAAAUGAGAAGGACACUGCUGAAAUGAAGAGACAAGGACAGACCAAACAAUAUGAAGGAUCAACUAUGAACUCUUUCUGGCACUUUUCUGUAUCUACAACAGAGGGAUUCCCUCACUUAUUUUUCCAGGCCACACUGUGUACUUUGUAUUUAAGACACUAAUGGCAUUGUUUUCCUUUACUCCACUGUUUUUGUUGUUUUUGUAAUUAGUGUCUGAAUUACUAUUUCUAAAGUGACAGAAACUUAAAUGUGGGAAUGUAAAUGGAACAAGCAGUAUUUUUAUUGCUAGAAAGCGAUUUUUACACUUUUGAAACAGUCUUUUAAAACUUACUUCCUGGGCUAUUUGUUAUUUUCGAAAAUACUUGGGGCUCUACAUUACAUGAGGUGAAUGAGUGGAUGAUAAUGAUGAUGAUGUUUUGAAAUGCUGUUACCAUGACAAUCUUUGAGGGCUUGUUUCUCGUCAUUUAAACUGAUUGACUGUGCCUCCGUAUGACUGCACUGGAGGUGUAAAGUUUCAGUUGUGACCCACCGCUGUUCUGGGUAAACAAAUAGAAUAUGAAAUGAUUGGUGGAAAAACGGUGAUGAAGCUUUUGAUUGAUCUAUUGCUGUUCAUUCUGUGGUCUAUGAUACCCAGUGAUCCAAUACACACUCCUGCAUUGGCACGUUUGAGAUGCCAUAUACACUUUGUAUACAUGUAUUUUUGUCACACAAAGUAGUGAAAUGUUACUGUAGGAAUGAUAUUGUUAUGAAAAUGGACUUUGAAACUCUUAAGAGACCCUUUGACCAAGAAAGAGAAGUCAUGCAGUAUGAAUCUUAAUAUUUUAUUACAGCCAUUCCAUGACAAUAUAGUAAUGUAAGAAGGCAAGCCUAAUACCAGAAACCUUGAGUUUUUGUAGUAUUCACUAAAAGAUGAGACAUUACACUGUAAAUUCACAGAACAUUUCUAAGUUAAAUCAUGUCUUAAAAGCAAAAAAAGUAAAAAUAAAAACUGAAACUUACAUUCCCAAAUGUUCCCAAAACGCAACUCACAUAUCUCUGUCAAUGCAGAUGUAUUUAUUUUUGUUACUCUUUUCUUUAGCUCUUUUGUCAGUACUAUAACCACAAAUGUACUGUAGUAUUUCAAACAUUUACAAUAAAAUGCUUUGUACUAAGUU